AUGGAACCGCUGCGAAGCCACAAUACUCACGGCCAGUCCCACUUCGCCAGUGUGAGCACAAGUUACGAUCAAGUACGCAAUGCGAAGAAAACGGCCCUCGCUCGUCUGAACCGCCUGCGUGUGGUAGUCAGGCUCAUCACACUCACCGUCGGAGCAUCCAUCGUAGGCGUCCUGGCUCAUGCAGCGGUGGUCUGGUACACGACGCGGGACGACGUUCUCAUGCAGCCGCACGGCAUCCGCAUGCGAGGCUGGCCGGCGCAGAUGGAUCUGGUUCCCACGUGGAUCAUGUUGGCGGUGGCGGUGAUUGCCAUUGUCGUGCAGAUAUUUGCGCUUCUCACAUUGCUUCGAGGAGGUUACCGUCUCCGCGAAUCUGCCUGGCACACUGCAGGGUUAUUCUUUACUUCCAUGGUGGGGAUCGCGAUCUGGGUCGUCGCAGCGGUGUACUUCAAACUCCAAGACAACAAGAGGGAAAGGAACUGGACGCUCUGGUCCUGGUCGUGCUCGCAUAAGGAUCUGAUCAAUGGGAAGAUGUCGUUCGCGGCCAUGUGCGUCGAACUGAAUUACUGUUUUUAUAUCGCGGUCGUGGUUGCUGCGUUGGAGGUGCUGAAUUUGAGCUUGUUCGGAUUCCAGUUGCGAAAGGCCAGGAGCCAAGGGGAAUAUACCACUAUCGUGGCAGAGAAACGAUGA